ACUCUCCAAGUGUUAGUCCCACCUCUAGUUGAAGCUUACCGUUGCUUUUCUCGCAGGACGCCAAAAAGUGAUCGUUGCAAAAGAUUAGUAAAAGCCACUAAAAUAAAAACCCAAAAUGGCGGGGGCAAAGAAAAGGGCUGGCUCGCAAAUCGCCAGUGUGGUUCGUGCCAAAUCGGCAAGAAAAAGUACAGUCGCCGACCCUGUGAGUGCUCCCAUCCCCAAAGAGAAGUACGCAGAUCCUAAAAAGGCUCCAUUACCAAAAAAGGCCGCUCCACUUGAAAAGGAAAAGUAUGGAGAUGCUAAAAGACAGCAGUUGCCAGAGAAGCCAGCUCCACUUGAAAACGCUUUAAAGAAAAGGGAGCUGCAAAAGGCUUCCCGCCCUGAGACACCAGGAAAGGGAGCUCCAAAACGUCCAAACCCCGAGGUAAAACCUUUGGAAAAACCAACCAUCCCCCAGAAGUCCCCAAAAAAGAAGAUCAAGAAGUUGCCCAAAGCACCUGAAAUCUUGUGGAAAGACAUCAAGAAUCUGUCUCCCGGCACCGGGGCAAUACUAGAUUGCUUUAUGAGGCAGCACAACGAUUCACUCUCAAAUAUAAAAAGGCGCGACUCGAUUAUUAGCAAGAAAAUGCGCAAAAUCACCAUGGACGCUUUGAAGAAAAAUACGGAAAAUGUUAGCCUUAACAAAAAGUUGGCCAACACCCAGCUGGAACUGACCCAUUUGAAGAAGGAUCUUGCCGACCAGCAGGAAAAGAACACAGAAUACAUCAACAGAUAUCAGAAUAUCAAUCAAAAGUUUACCGAGUGCGAGAAAAACUACGAUAAUGAGCUCGGGAUCAUAAGAGCGUGCGUGGAGCAGAAAAACUCCGAGCUUAAGGCCGCCCAAACGCGAAUUGGAGAACAGGAUCGCGAGCUAAAGAAUAUGCAAGAAACCAAUCGCGAACUGGCUGGUGCCAUGAGCAACUAUAAAUUGGAAAUGGAAAAGGCCCAAGCGUAUAGCUCUGAGACUCUGGCGCACAUUUCUGAACUUACUCAGGCCUAUGAGGCCCUCAAGCAGCAGUUUAAUGAUUUGAGUGCACAAAAGGAAGUCUGUGAGGCAAACAUUGUACAACUGAGCAGCGAGUUGAACGCCAAAAUGGUUACCUGCGCCGAACUUGAGGAUCGUAUUGAGCAGUUUCCAAUAGAAGCCAAUAAGGCUUUGUCGAAACUGCAAAAUGAGUUGGAAGCCCACAAAUUGCGCUGCCAGGAGCAGCAACGUUUAACCGAUCAAGCCGAAAAGGAGCUUGAACUAUCUCGAAACGAGAUAAACACUUUGAAAACUCGUAUGGAGGAAAGGGAAAGAGUCCACAUCUCGCUUAAUGGUGAACACCAAAAAAUGACUGCCAGAAUGGUCGAGCUCGUUGAUAUCAACGAACAUUUCUCCAAGGAACUGGCUGACACUAAGUUAAACCACUCUCAAGAUAUGGAAGAACAAGCUACAAAGCACGAGCUGGCUCUUCGUAAGCUUAAAGGUCAAUUGGCCAAGGCGUCUCUUGAUUUUACAAACCUAAGGAACAGCAGUGAGGCGUUGCAAAAGGAAAAACUGUUGCAGGUCUCCCAACUGCAAGGAAAGAUUAGUGAAUUGGAGUUGCGCCGCAAUAAUCAGGAGGAGGUUAUAUCUGGCUUGGCCAAUGAACUUGAAGUCAAAACUCACAGCUUUGAGAAUGAUCUGAAGGCACAGCAGGAACAGCUUUCCAAUCAAAUGCAGGCCAUGAAAUCUGAAUUCGAAACCGAAUCUCAGCGAGCUGCAGCGAAAAAUGAGAGACUCACUGCUGCACUCCAGCAAAAGGAUGAAAUGUUAAAGGCUCAGCAAGACGAGAUGCAAAAACUUCUGUCUGAACAAGACAAGCUAAAGGAGACUGUUGCCGAUCUUGAGGCUAAAAAUGAGAAAAUGACCAAUGAAUUUUCCGCUUCUAAGAUUAAAUUAAGUCAAGAGCUUAAGACCCAGAAAGAUAUCUUAAUGAAAAAGGUUUCCGGCUUGGAGCUUGAAAUUCAAAAUAAAGAAGCCAAAAUGCUUGAUUUGGAACAGAAGAAGAAUAAUGAAAUGGCCGUACUUCAGUUCAAAAUGAACCGAAUCAACAGUUUAAUUGACCAACCAGUGACCACAAUCUCUAAACUUCCAGAACCCAAGGGAGUGUCCAACACUCAGGGCACUCAGAAUAAGGUGCAAAAAGGAAGCACUCCGAGUAGGGGGCAAAAGGAAGAAUCCGAUGGUUUGUCAAGCUCUUCUUCGAAGAAGAGAACUAUUUUUCGACAUCGAUUAACUACCAUAGGGUUUUCGUCAGACUUUGAGAGUGAAGACGAUCAGCCCAUUGUAAAGGAAAACUUCAGUGGAAAACGGGCCAAAUUGGCUGCAGUUGUGAAACCACAGAAAGAACCUGAUUUGUUUGACAUGGUGAAGAGGUCAAACUAGUUAGGAUUUUGUUUACUACGUUUUUGAAAUCAUCUAACUUUUAAUUUCCAGAGAAUUCCACUGAUGAAUACUGAGCUCAGAAAUUAAUUCAGAAUUUUUAAUUUAAUUUAAAUCUAUUUCUUUGAAAACUUGUAGCUGCAAGUUAUUUUUUAAGAACAUGGAUUCUUUAGUUUCAUUUAACUUUAUUUGUAAUUUGUUGAAUCAAUGAUCUCAUAAAAAUCAUCUAAAAUCAUAUCCUGUGGUAAUGGAUUAACAAAAAAACGAAAACAAUAAAUUUCUUUAGUGAAAAAAAA